AAGCAAGAAGAAGGAGAAAGCAGUGUGAAGGGACGCGAAGGCAAAGCUUUUACAAAAGAGACAGAAACUGGAAAAGCCGAUAUGCUUUUCGGGUCGUUAAACACUUCUACCCCAAAUUUUUUGUAAUUGGAACUAAUUCCAACGCCCAAGUUGUUGCCUGUCUUGCUUCCAACAUUUUUGUGGAAAUACAAUGAGCUAUAACAGCUCUGCUAUGGGUUCUGGUAGUAGAACAGGCAGGAUGAGCUUUGAGUUUGGGAGGACCCAUGUGGUCAGGCCUAAAGGGAAGCAUCAGGCAACUAUUGUUUGGUUACAUGGCCUUGGUGAUAAGGGGUCAAGUUGGUCUCAGCUCUUGGAAACUCUUCCUCUACCAAACAUUAAGUGGAUUUGUCCUACUGCUCCUACUCGUCCUGUGACGUUAUUUGGUGGAUUUCCUUGCACCGCAUGGUUUGAUGUGGGAGAUAUUUCAGAGGAGUCUCCUGAUGAUUUAGAAGGCUUGGAUGCUGCAGCAUCCCAUGUUGCUAAUCUUUUGUCUACAGAACCUGCUGAUAUUAAACUGGGUAUUGGAGGCUUCAGUAUGGGUGCUGCAACUGCUAUUUACUCUGCGUCAUGCCGUAUUCUUGGGCAAUAUGGAAAUGGAAACCUAUACCCUAUUAACCUUAGUGCAGUUGUUGGGCUUAGUGGCUGGCUUCCCUGUUCAAGAUCUUUGAGGAACCAGGUCAGUGUGUCACACGAAGCUGCAAGGCGCGCUGCGUCCCUGCCCAUUUUACUCUGUCAUGGUUCAGGUGACGAUGUCGUAGCUUACAAACACGGGGAGAAAUCUGCACAUACAUUAAGUUCAUCUGGAUUUAGCAAUCUAACAUUUAAAUCCUAUAACGGGCUGGGCCAUUACACCAUUCCUGAGGAGAUGGAUGUUGUUUGUAAUUGGCUGACAGUCGUUUUGGGGCUCGAUGGCUUACGGUUGGUCGAUCACUGAAGAAGUUGCAGAGAAGAAGCAUGGAGGUAAACAACGAAGACCAUUUUUUAGGUUCGUAACAAAAAUGGUAGAGACGUUCGAGCAUAGGGGCAGCAGAACGAAUGAUCAUAGUUAGUUUUGGUUGCUUCGUUAGUAAAGAAUAAACCAUUGCCUUUCUGGUUUCUGGUCUUUAGCAAAUCUGAUAGAGUUACUGUCCACGUUUUACUCGUUUUCGCCUUCGGUUUUUUAGUCUAAGUUCGGGGGUAUACGAAUCUGAGAAAAUUUUCAAUGUUGUUGUAA